AUGGUGCCAUACCUAUUCACGGAACCUAUCCUUAAUCUCUAACCACCCAAGUGAAUCCUGACACCAUGUGCUGUGGUGGCUACUAUGGGGGCCUGGGCUAUGGCUAUGGCUCUGGUUAUGGCUGUGGAUGUGGCUGCUUCCGUGGCUUAGGCUAUGGCUAUGGAGGCUGUGGCUAUGGAGGCUGUAGUUGUGGAGGCCUGGGUUAUGGUGGCUGUGGAGGCCUGGGUUAUGGUGGCUAUGGUUAUGGUAGCUAUGGCUACGGCUGCUGCCGCCCAUCUUGCUGUGGAAGCUAUUCUUCCUAUGGCUUCUAUUGAAAAACCAACUGUUGCUGCAGUGUCAUGGAAUCUUUAUUCAACUCCAGACCCCUUCUUUGGGUUAAUUCCACAGAAUUAUAAGGAUAUCAAUUCCAUCUGCCUCUAAAUCUAGGUGGCAUAGGAGAACUACCACCAGAAAAUCUUGCAAUCCCCAUGGAGCACUCAGAACAGCAAAGAGGCAGAAACUGAAAAGGGACAGCAUCUAUUCUUUUGGGGAAUGGUGUAAGAUUUCACCUUCUAUGACAGAUUUAUGACAUUUCCAUCAAGUUUGCUCAGUUCUGAUCUACUAUGACUGAGUUGUCUACUAUAAUAUUCUAAUAAAGA